GCGUGAGGGGGGCGGUAGAGAGGAGUCUCCGGGGCCGCCGCCGCGUCAGACACACUGUGAGCGGCGAUCGCCGCGGGGCCGCAUCCGCAUCGGUUGCCUCCACCGCUGCGGGGCCGCGAACAAAGAGGAGGAGCCGAGGCGCGAGAGCAAAGUCUGAAAUGGAUGUUACAUGAAUUACUUUAAAGGCUGCAUACAACUAUGAACAUUGCUGAAGCUUUUCCUUAGCAAACUCGUUAAACAUGGAUGAAUCUGCCUUGUUGGAUCUUCUGGAGUGUCCUGUGUGUCUAGAGCGGCUUGAUGCUUCUGCAAAAGUCUUGCCUUGUCAGCAUACGUUUUGCAAACGAUGUUUGCUGGGGAUCGUAGGUUCCCGAAAUGAACUCAGAUGUCCCGAGUGCAGAACUCUUGUUGGCUCGGGUGUUGAGGAGCUCCCAAGUAACAUCCUGCUGGUCAGACUUCUGGAUGGCAUCAAGCAGAGGCCUUGGAAACCUGGCCCUGGUGGAGGCAGUGGAACGAACUGCACAAAUGCUUUGAGGGCUCAGAGCAGCAAUGUGGCUAACUGUAGCUCAAAAGAUCUGCAGAGCUCCCAGGGUGGACAGCAGCCGCGGGUGCAAGCCUGGAGCCCCCCAGUGAGGGGUAUACCUCAGUUACCAUGUGCCAAAGCAUUGUACAACUACGAAGGGAAAGAGCCUGGAGAUCUGAAAUUCAGCAAAGGUGACAUCAUCAUUUUGCGGCGACAAGUGGAUGAAAAUUGGUACCAUGGGGAAGUCAAUGGGAUCCAUGGCUUUUUUCCCACCAACUUUGUGCAGAUUAUCAAACCGUUACCUCAGCCCCCACCUCAGUGCAAAGCACUUUAUGACUUCGAGGUGAAAGAUAAGGAAGCAGACAAAGAUUGCCUUCCGUUUGCAAAGGAUGAUGUUCUGACUGUGAUCCGCAGAGUGGAUGAGAACUGGGCUGAAGGAAUGCUGGCAGACAAAAUAGGAAUAUUUCCAAUUUCAUAUGUUGAGUUCAACUCUGCUGCUAAGCAGCUGAUAGAGUGGGAUAAGCCUCCGGUGCCAGGAGGUGAUGCUGGAGAAGGCACCUCGGCGGCAGCUCAGAGCAGCGCUGCCCCGAAGCACUCUGACACCAAGAAGAACACCAAAAAGAGGCACUCCUUCACUUCCCUCACCAUGGCCAGCAAAUCCUCCCAGGCGUCCCAGAACCGCCACUCCAUGGAGAUCAGCCCUCCUGUUCUCAUCAGUUCCAGCAACCCCACCGCUGCGGCACGCAUCAGUGAGCUCUCGGGACUCUCUUGCAGUGCCCCUUCUCAGGUUCAUAUAAGUACCACCGGGUUAAUUGUGACCCCACCCCCAAGCAGCCCAGUGACGACUGGCCCUUCAUUCACUUUCCCAUCAGAUGUUCCCUACCCAGCUGCCCUUGGAACUAUGAAUCCUCCUCUUCCUCCACCCCCUCUGCUGGCCUCUACACCUGCAGGCGCGACUGCUGCUGCUGGAAUGGGACCCAGGCCCACAGCGGGACCCGCUGACCAGAUUGCACAUUUACGGCCUCAGACUCGCCCCAGUGUGUAUGUGGCUAUCUAUCCAUACACUCCCCGGAAAGAGGAUGAACUGGAGCUGAGAAAAGGGGAGAUGUUUUUAGUGUUCGAACGUUGCCAAGAUGGCUGGUUCAAGGGAACAUCAAUGCAUACCAGCAAGAUAGGGGUUUUCCCUGGCAAUUAUGUGGCACCAGUCACAAGGGCGGUGACAAAUGCUUCCCAAGCUAAAGUCCCUAUGUCUACAGCUGGUCAGACGAGUCGAGGGGUGACCAUGGUCAGUCCUUCCACGGCAGGAGGGCCUGCCCCGAAGCUCCAGGGAAAUGGUAUGGCCGGGAGUCCCGGUGUUGUCCCCACAGCUGUGGUGUCAGCAGCUCACAUCCAGACCAGUCCUCAGGCGAAGGUCUUGUUGCACAUGACUGGACAGAUGACAGUCAACCAAGCCCGCAAUGCUGUGAGGACAGUUGCGGCACACAACCAGGAACGGCCUACAGCCGCGGUGACGCCCAUCCAGGUACAGAGCGCCGCUGGCCUGGGCCCUGCGCCAGGUGGCCUGCCGCAUCAUGCCUUGGCCGCCUCCCAACCGCCGCCUCCAGUGGCAGGCCCGGCUGCCCACGCCGCCGCCGUCGGUCUGGGCCGAGCCAGUGCCCCCCUGGCCUGUGCUGCAGCGGCAUCCCUGGCCUCCCCCGGCGUCGCCGCCGCCUCUCUGGAGACCGAGCCCAGUGGCCGGGCAAUGACCAUUCUCUCUGGACUUCCCACGUCGCCUGACAGCGGCGCUGUAUCCGCUUGCGGGAGCAGUUCAACAGCCAAGCCAGACAAGGACAGCAAAAAAGAGAAAAAGGGGUUGUUGAAGUUGCUUUCUGGAGCCUCCACAAAACGUAGGACCCGAGUGUCGCCUCCAGCCUCACCCACCCUGGAAGUGGAGCUGGGUAGCAGUGAGUUGCCUCUGCAGGGAGCAGUGGGUCCUGAGCUGCCGCUAGGGGGCGCCCACAGCAGGGCCGGCUCCUGCCCCGCGGAUGGGGAUGGCCCCACCGCCGCAGUGGCUGCAGGCGCGGCUCUGGCCCAGGAUACUCUUCAUCGAAAGACUAGCUCCCUGGACUCCGCGGCUCCCAUUGCUCCACCUCCUCGUCAGCCCUGCUCCUCCCUGGGCUCUGUCAUGAAUGAGUCUAGGCCUGUUGUGUGUGAAAGGCACAGGGUGGUGGUUUCCUAUCCUCCUCAGAGUGAGGCCGAACUCGAACUUAAGGAAGGCGAUAUUGUGUUUGUUCAUAAAAAACGCGAGGAUGGCUGGUUCAAAGGCACAUUACAACGGAAUGGGAAAACUGGUCUUUUCCCAGGAAGUUUUGUGGAAAACAUCUGAGGAGACUUAACAUUGAGAAGGCUUGCAAUCGUAUCACACAACAAAAUAGCACAACACGAUGUGAUGGAAAGAGCACAUUUGUGGACUUCCAGAUGGUCAGGAGAUGAGCAAAGGAUGGGCGUGGGCCCCCAGUGCCCCCAGCACAUUUAGACCAGCAAACAGCGUGACAAAGAUGUGUGUGUGGGUUUUGUCACUCUGGAUUCUGAUGUGUAAGGUGUGCCUUGUACUGUCUGAUUUACUAUACAGAAAAACCUUUUUUUUUUUUUUUUUGAAAAAAAGAAAAAAAGGUAUGUAGCUAAAAUGGACAAUUGUUUACGAGGCUUAACUAAUUUAUUUGCUUUUUUAAACUUGAAUUUUUCUUGUACUCGAUAAAGUCUUUGGAUGAUGAUUUUAAGAAAUUAUUUAUGAAAUGAUAGCUAAGGAGAAGCUGGAUUAUCUCCUGUUCAGAGCAAGAGAUUCUUUUCGACCUAGAAUGAACCCCUUUUUCUCCCCCUGCCGGUGUUAUUUUUUGCUUUUUUUUAAGACAGAGAUGCCAGUUCCCCGAUACGGUUUUCCUCUUUGGGAAACCAAAACACACAACUGAAUCAGUAUCAGUAAAGGCCUGGGGUAGGGAGACAGAAACUUGAGAAAAGAGAAGUGAAACAAUUGCCUGUCUUUCUGGUUUGGUCAGGAAUCAUCCUUAAGACCUAGUCCUCAAUUUAAUUUUGUGGGUUUUAAAUUUUCCUAGAAUGAAAUCCAUGAAGCGAUAAGGAAGAGUAAAGCACAACCCUUGAACAAAAAUGUUUUCAGAAAUAUAUUUAGUUUUAUAAAGAGAAGCAGCUCAGUCCAUUGGUUGGAAAUUGGAAAAAUUGAAGUUGUACUCCUGUCUGAGAAUGGCUAUGAAAAGUAAUUGCCCAUUUUAACCCCAAGUGAUCUGCAUGUCCAGGACACAAUAAAGCGUUUGUGAGAUAGUGGUGGUAAGUGAUGCACUCGUGCUAACGUCAAAGGCGAUAAGAAACACUGUGAAAAGUUUACAUUCAUCCAUUGUGGGUCUCAUCCUACCGUCUUGCAUGUGUUACUGGAUUCCCACAGUAAUUGAGGCUGUGCAUGGUGUGUAGAUUUCAUUACAGUUUCCCGUCGAGGUGAGUUUGCCCUCAGAAUUGACCACUGCAGGAGCUGGAGAAUAAACAGUACUCUUUUUCUCUACCCCCAAAGCCACUACUGACCAAGGUCUCUGAGUGCACUCGCCCCCUCCUUGGCUAAGGCAUCCAUCAGCCGCGACACAGGGCAUUAGUGGAAAUGCUCCUUUGUGUCCCCCCAGCUGAUGGAUGGAAAGGCUGAGCCAGGAGGCUGCUCACAGCUGUGACUGUUCUCUGGCAGCUCCGGGAGACUUGGCGCGCGGGCGAGCGCCCACACCUUACAAUUGUGGCAGGACCCAGCUGAGCCCGUCUUUUUAUAUCCACUCUUUGAUGUUAUUGGCCUCUUCUACCCAUUUCAUUCCCCUGCCACGCAGUCGUGUGUCUGGGGAAUCCUAAAAACAAAAGGAGGGAAGGCAGCCUGGUAGUGAAUGAAACCAUUGCCACAGUUUUCUCAUGGAAAAAAAAACACAACAAAAACUUUUCAUAUCUUAACUUUUAAGAACUACAACUGGGAAAUAGAAACGUGAACUGAAAAGUCUUCUUGUAAUAGCAAGAGGUUUCAUGGUCUUAAAAUGAUAUAUGUGAUUGAAAUGAAAUCAUUCCUAAAUUAACCAUUUUUUAUAAGACACUGUACAUUAUGUUCCUGUGUGUUGAAUUUUUUUAAAAAAAUACUUUACUUGGAUAUUCAUGUAAUAUAUAAAGUUUUGGUGAAAUGAACUUUAGUUAGGAAAAAAGCUGACAUCAGCUUUCAUCUGUGUAGGUUGACACCAAUGUGUCAUGAUAUUCUUUAUUUUGGGAAAUUAGUGUAUUUUAUAAAAAUUUUAAAAAGUAAAAAGACUACUACAGGUUAAGAUAAUUUUUUUACCUGUCUUUUCUCCAUAUUUUAAGCUAUGUGAUUGAAGUACCUCUGUUAAUAGUUUCCUGGUAUGAAGUCGGUUAAAAUUUCAUCUGUUAAUAGAUCACUUAGAUAAUAUAACGUAUGGGUUUUCUAUUGUUUUUUUUUUUUUUUUUUUUUUUUUUUUUGAGACAGUAGAUGGAGAUUUUGUAACAAGGGCUUGUUACACAACGAUAGGGUAAUGAUAAAAUUGCAAUUUGUCAUUCCUUUUCAUGUUAAUAAUUUGAAGACUGGAGAAAAGGUUCAAGAUUAAAAUUUGAUGUUCA